GUUAUGUCAAACAUAUGCACAUUCUUCUUUUGCGCGUAACAGGUUAAAAAUACGGAAACUUAUUAGAAUGAAGAGACAUUCAAACGUAGGAAGCGUCGAUUAUUAUCCUAAAUUAAGAUACUCGUUUCCUCAGUUUUGGUUUGGAUGCUGGACCGAUGUUGUAUUAACUUUAAUCGGAUUACUAGCUGCAAUUUUAAGUGGAUUUUGCGUUCCUGGAACAAUAAUUCUAUACGGAAAUCUUGCUGAAUCCUUUGUACAAUAUCAUAUACAUAAUGCCAUUAAAGGUAUUAAUGAAACGAGUGAAUUUCCCGUGGGAUUUAGAGGAUACAAUGAUCAAUUUCGAGGUACUUCGAAGGAACUGGCCAAAGAGACGUUGAAUUUCGCAAUUUACUCCUUGUUUUUCGCAAUUUGCCAAAUGAUUUUUACAAUGAUAUUUAUCAUUUGCCUUAAUCAUGCUGCAAUUAAUGAAUCAAUUCAAGCGAGACAGAUUCAUUUCAAAGUUUUAUUACGUCAGAAUAUCGCAUGGUUUGAUUCUCAAAAUCCGGAAGAUUUGGCCUCCAGGAGUAUCAGAGAUACAAGUUAUCUGGAGUCAGGAUUGGGCGAGAAGCUUGGAAUGUUUGUAUCAAGUACAAUUGCCGCCUGCAAUUGUAUUUUAGUUGCAUUAUAUUAUGGCUCUAAAUUAGCCGGUACACUGCUUGUUAUAUUACCGAUAAUAGCAGUUAUUAUUUGCAUAGCUAAAUGGGCAAAUGAAUAUAUGCGCGAGCAAGAGGACUUCUUUUACAAACCAGCAGAAUUGAUUGCAGAAGAGUGUCUGACCAAUAUUCGCACUGUCUUGGCUUAUUCUGGCGAAUCGCACGAAUCUAAAAAAUAUGUGGAAAAACUUGUACUGGUAGAAAAUUGUGAAACCACAAAGGGUACUAUUAAUGGUAUCGUUGGUGCGAUUAUUUGGUUUCUCAUGUACUCCAUGUACGGUUUUGCCUUGUGGUAUGGCGUCAACUUAUUGAAGAUUGAACAAAGUUAUACAGUGGCAACAUUAAUAGUGGUAUUUUUUUGUUUGCAAAUUUGUGUUUUGCAUACAUUACAAUUGCCACAAUAUUUACAUAUAAUUGAAAAAUCAAAUGCUGCUUCAAGAAAGAUUAUAGGCAUGAUGAAAAAUACUUCAGAAAUGAAAAUUACGAAUGUUCACGUAUCCGCUGCAAAAACGGAAGUGGGGAUUUCUUUUCGAAAUGUUUUCUUUCGUUAUACACUACAUAACGAUCUCGCAAGUGUUAACAAAUUUAUAUUUACUUAACU